GAAAGCGGCACAACGGAGGAAGCGCCAAGUCGGGAGUAAAGACCAACUGACUUCAAAUCCAGCUUCAGAAACUGUGGUCCUGGGCAGUUCUAACCCUGCUCGCUUCCGUUUCCUCAUCUGAAAAUAAUCUGGAGAAGGAAAUGGCAAACCAUCCCAGUAUCUUUGCCUAGACAACUCCCAAAAGGGUCACGAGAAGUCGGACAUAGCAGGAAAAGGACUAACCAUCAAAUGUUUCAGAAUAAUAUUGCUGACCAGCAGUUCGACCUGAAAGUUCUAAUUAAAAAUAUAGAAAAAAUAUUUUUGGAUCUAAAGAAGAUGAAUGAGCUCACCAAAUUACUUCUGUGUGAUCUUAUUUUGAAUUUUAGUCAUCCUAUGGAGACAGAAGAUUUAGUAAAAGUAGAAGAAAACAACAUUAUUUCUGAAGAGUUUAAAAUAUCAGAUCAUUUAGAAUUAGUUCCUUCUUUGAAUGAUGAUAUCUAACAUACUGAAAGGCAAGAAUUUUCCAUUUGUUUGCAAAUUGUUAAAUUAUAUGUAUAAAUCUAAUAAUUGAGGAUUAAAACUUUUAUUAAAUGUUUACUUAUUUGGAAAAUAAUUUUUUAUUCCUUUUAAAUAACUGGGUAAAUGAAUGUCAUUAAAUUGUCCAUGGGACAAAAAAACUUAACGCUUUAUCCUAGGGGUAACUUUAAUCUAAUCUGAAGUAGAAAGGAUUAUUAAUGAUGGACUUAUUACAUUUACUAUUUUUCACAUAUGGCAGUGAGGUAGAAAUUUUUUGUUACAUUUGUCCCCAAAUUCACCUUGCCAACAUUGUCCCACUCAAUUAAUUCAGUCCAUGUUGUAUUGGAAGUUAGAAAAUAUUGAUUCUAAUACUGUUUCUGCCAUGUACCAUUUCUGUGGCAUUUGCCAAGUCAUUUCACCUUUCUAGGGCCUCACUUUUCUCAUCUGUAAAAUAAGAGGACUGGUUAGGUGAUCUCCAGUGUUCCUUUCAGCUCUAUACUUAUGAACUUCUUUUGGUAUCAUCAUAGAUGUUAGUAAUUAAGUACAACAAAAGAACUUAUAAGUAAAAUCAGCUCACAUUUAAGCCCUCAUACAGCCAGAAGUUCACUGACACUGAACAACUGUUGAAAGUUCUGUAGCCUUUCUACACAAUAAAAGCCCUCUGAAAGUC